CCUUCCUCGCCCGCGCAGCCACCCUGCCCUCCUGCCUGACCUACCCAAACCCCAACCAGCCCGGCUCCAAAAUCUCACCCACAGUCCAGCAGCAUCGCUGUGACCUGGAGGCUGGAGCCGCCGCCGUCCGGUAGCUUUGUUUCGCCACCGACGCCUCAACCCCUCCCCCGCAACAGCCCCAGAACCCUCCCGCGUCGCCGCCAUCGCCGUCCCCUUUCUGCCUCCACCCCGUUCUCAAUCCCGCGCAUUUGUUUCCAAGAUCCGCCCCUGGUUUUGUGACUCACCUGACCCAGUUGCCUGAUUAUUUCGCACAGCCACAAGCGAACCCUGCCCUGAACUUGCUGAGAUAUAAAGUGUUUGAAACAUAACUACAGUUAUCGAGCUGAGGUGCUGUGUUUGACAUUGUUCAGUAAUAGCAUAAAUGAGGCUAAUUAUCGGGCAAGUUCAUCGGAAUGUUCUUGCGCUGGCGUCAUCUCGGUCAUGCUUUGUCAUUGGUGACCAUCUCCCGUUCAGAAUGCUGUCGAUGCCACGGGCAUCAGGGUUCCAUCAGACUGCUUGGCGGGGUAGUCAAACUGUCAAGGACAGCGGCAGCACACUAACUCUGGCUAGCCUGGAAGUCCAAAGCAAAGCUGAUUAUGUGAAGAAGGAAAGGGUGCCACAAAGCAAAGCUGAUUAUGUGAAGAAGGAAAGGGAGCCACAAAGCAAAGCUGAUUAUGUGAAGAAGGAAAGGGGGCCACGAACUGGAGAGCCGAAGCCAAGCUCAAGAGAUUCUGGUUUCAGUGUGAAACCAAAGAAGGUUUCUUCGCUUAGUCUGAAGCCAGCGAAGAGUGCAUUACCAAAGCCACCAGUGGUGAAGAAGAAGCUGAAGAUCGACGAGGCUUUAUUUUCUGCAAGCUCAUUUGAAGAGCUCGGUCUGCCGCCUUUGCUCAUUGACCGGCUGAACAAGGAAGGCCUGACCUCUCCAACUGAGGUCCAGUCCGCUUCUAUUCCUGUCAUAUCUCAAAGGCAUGAUGCGGUUAUCCAAUCAUAUACUGGGUCGGGGAAAACACUCGCGUACCUUCUCCCUAUUCUUUCUGAAAUAGGCCCCCUGAAGAGGGCUAGAGAACAGGGUAAUUCUGAAAAGAGAUCAGGUAUAGAAGCUGUUGUCGUUGCUCCUUCAAGAGAACUAGGAAUGCAGAUAGUGCGAGAAGUGGAGAAGAUACUGGGUCCUGAUGAUAAGAGACUUGUCCAGCAGCUUGUUGGCGGUGCUAACCGUUCGAGGCAAGAGGAAGCACUGAAGAAGAACAAGCCUAUUAUAGUUGUUGGAACACCUGGCCGUAUUUCGGAAAUUUCAGCGGCGGGCAAGCUACAAACUCACAACUGCCGUUUUCUUGUACUGGAUGAAGUUGACCAGCUCUUAUCAUUUAAUUACCGCGAGGAUAUGCAUAGGAUACUGGAGCAUGUUGGAAGGAAACCUAGCACUUCAUCUUCUAGUCACAUCCUUGGCCCACUUGCUAGGCGGUCUGAACGUCAGACAAUCUUGGUUUCAGCAACAGUGCCGUUUUCAGUUAUACGCGCAGCCAGGAGUUGGGGCCAUGAUCCAGUUCUUGUUAGGGCUAAGAGUGUAGUCCCGCUUGACUCGAUCACUGUUCCAAGGCCCAUGCUGUCCCAGGGUGACCCUAACUCUGAUUCUCCAACAAUGUCAGUGAAUCAAGCUGCAGUUGACAGCUUACCACCAUCCUUGGAGCAUUACUACUGUACAACCAAGGCUCAUCACAAAGUUGACACCUUAAGGAGAUGCAUCCAUGCCCUGGAAGCAGAGACGGUGAUUGCAUUUAUGAACAACACCAAGCCACUGAAGGAUGUUGUGUUCAAGUUGGAGGCCCGUGGGAUGAAAGCUAUCGAGCUACAUGGAGAUCUUGGGAAGCUUGCAAGGUCAACAGUCCUGAAAAAGUUCAAGGCCGGUGAAUUCAGGGUUUUGGUCACAAACGAGCUGUCUGCCAGAGGACUGGACAUACCAGAGUGCGACCUUGUGAUCAACCUGGAUCUUCCCACAGACUCUACACACUACGCCCACAGAGCUGGACGGACUGGACGUCUUGGGCGGAAAGGGACCGUUGUCUCAAUAUGUGAAGAAAGCGAGGCAUUUAUCAUGAGGAAAAUGCGCAAGCAGUUGGGUGUGGCCAUCAAACCAUGCGAAUUCACUGAAGGCCAGAUUACCGUUCAUAAAGAGGAAGACGUGGAAUAAAAUUCUGCGUUGUUCAACUAUCAUUUUAGUUUGUCUUAAGUUGUACUGCUUUUCCUUGGCAUUUAGUCCGACUGUAUUUUCUUAAAAUGUUGGCACUUAAUACUUUUGCUCAGCGGAGACUAGAUACAUUGGAAAAUACUGUCCUUUUUUGCUGGCGGCAUUUAGCAGGAGUGCAGGCAUUGAAAUCUGAAAAUUACCAGUCUUUCCUGGUGACGUUUAGCUGUUUACUUUUCAAUAUAUGGUUGAUGUUCAGCUGGAUU